AUGUCUGAAAGAAAAGUAUUAAAUAAAUACUAUCCCCCGGAUUUUGAUCCUUCAAAAAUCCCGCGCAUGAAACUUCCAAAAAAUAGACAGUAUACUGUACGUCUUAUGGCACCAUUCAACAUGCGAUGUAAGACAUGUGGUGAAUACAUUUAUAAAGGCAAAAAAUUUAAUGCCCGGAAAGAAGAUGCAGAAAAUGAAGAUUAUUUGGGUAUACGUAUUUACCGGUUUUACAUAAAAUGCACUAGGUGUUUACAAGAAAUAUCUUUUAAAACCGACCCACGUAACACAGAUUACGAAAUAGAAGAAGGAGCUACACGAAAUUUUAUGGCUCUAAAACUAGCACAAGAACAGGAAAAGAGAGAAGAAGAUGCUGAAAAGGAAGAAGAAGCUACCAAUCCAAUGAAAUUAUUGGAGAAUCGUACUCAGCAAUCUAAGCAAGAAAUUGAACUUAUGGAAUCCCUUGAAGAGCUAAGAGAUUUAAAUAGACGUCAAGGUAAUGUGGACUAUGAUACAAUGUUAUUAAAGUACAACCCUGCAGAAUUAAAAGAGCAAAUUAAGCGAAUGCAAGAGGAAGAAGAUGAAAAUACAGUAAAAAAUUUGAUGGGUAUUAAACGGAAAAUUAAUGAAAAUGAAGAGUUAAUAGAAUCUGAUGAUAAUAUGACUAAAAGUAAAAUAAAAAAUGUAAUCACUCCAACAACACAGUCUAGUGUGAAGAAAAAGGUUUCAAAACUCAACCUUUUAAACUUAGUUAAAGUUAAUAAUGUCUCAAGUACCAACAAGACAAAAGAAUCUUGUAAUUCAUUAUCAUUAAUUGGCAAUUAUUCCAGUAGUGAUGAAUCUAAUUAA